ACAAGUUUGCGAUUGCCCUCUACCCAGCUUGCUGCGAUGAAGCUUCUUGCCACUUCUUGGUUGCUGUCCACCUUGUUGGUGGGCGUAGUGCAGGCCGUUCCCCAUGCACAGCGAGACACAGUGUCCAAGGUGGUCAAGAGGGGAAUUGAGUACACUGUCUACCAUCAUGCAGCUACCGGAGCAAACUUGGAGAUAGUCAAGAACUCCGGAAUCUGUGAGACCACACCCGGGGUCAAUCAGUACUCAGGCUACCUCUCAGUAGGAGAGGACAUGAACAUGUUCUUUUGGUUCUUCGAAGCCCGCCACAACCCCAAAACGGCGCCUUUGACGGCUUGGUUCAAUGGUGGGCCUGGUUGCUCGUCUAUGAUCGGGUUGUUCCAGGAGCAUGGACCGUGUCGAUUUGUCAAUAACGAGACGACGCCGUCCUUGAACCCUUACAGCUGGAACACCUACUCAAACAUGAUCUACAUCGAUCAGCCCAUCGGGGUAGGGUUCUCGUACGGUAACGAUGCUGUGAAUAGCACAGUCACGGCUGCACCAUUUGUAUGGAAGUUGCUGCAAGCAUUCUUUGCCCAUUUCCCUGAAUAUGAGAGCCGCGAAUUCAAUUUGUUCACCGAGUCAUACGGUGGUCACUACGGCCCUGAAUUUGCUCACUACAUCCAACAACAGAAUGCCGGGAUCAAGACGGGCGCUGUUACUGGCGAGACUAUCAACAUCGGGUCUCUCGGCAUCAAUAAUGGCUGGUUUGACUCCACGAUCCAAGAGAAGGCUUACAUCACCUAUGCCUUGCAGAACCCCUACCGCCCCUUGAUCAAUGCCUCUGCGGGGGCCAAGUACUACAAGGACUACCAGGAAUACUGCGUCCCAGCCAUCCAAGCAUGCACGACUUUGGGGACCAACGCCGCGUGCAUCAAGGCCGGCGACAUCUGUGGCGACCUGAUCGACGACCCGAUCAUGGAAAGUGGCGAUUGGGAUGUCUAUGAUGUGCGCGAGCCUUCGGAUGACCCGUAUCCUCCCGAGACCUACUACUAUUACCUGAACAAUGCGGCUGUGCAGCGCGCGAUCGGAGCACGUCAAAACUACUCCGAAUGUCCCGAUGCUCCGUAUUACAAGUUUGCUGCCACAGGUGAUGGCACGCGAUCUUUCCUCGCGACCCUCUCCGACGUGGUUCAGACUGGCAUCAAUGUUCUUCUCUGGGCCGGUGAUGCGGACUGGAUCUGCAACUGGAUUGGCGGGUUUGGUGUGGCCAAUGCGGUGGAGUUUGCAGGCCAGACGGCUUUCCAGAACAAGACUCUCCAGCCCUACAAGGUGAAUGGGACAGAGAAGGGCACCUUUAAGACGGUCGGAAACUUUACCUUCCUCCGCGUGUAUGAGGCUGGCCAUGAGGUUCCCUACUACCAGCCGGAGACCGCCCUUCAGGUGUUUUCCCAAAUCAUCAAGAAGGUGCCUCCGUUUUCAACUUGAUGGAGCGGUGAGUUCAGAAUGGCCGCAUCCAAUGUUAUUGGCCAAUGCAAUGAUCACAGUGGCGGCGCCGCGUGCGCAAGUGAACUCGAAGUGAAUCUACUGGAUUUGCAGAGGCGGGGAGCCAAGAGAUUCCGCGUCGGACGGCAAAAUUGUGCAUACUAUCCGAC